AUGUUCAAACGUUCUAUUGAUCAUCGAUCACUUUUAUGUUCUUUAGAUAUUGAUUUUGACUAUUUUUAUAGUGAGAUGCAUGUUGACAGUGAAAAUUAUGUUCCUGAGACACUCUUAAAAAAGAGGAAAUCAAUCAAUAAGCAGGAUCUUGAAAAGAAGGCCCAAAUAGCUGCAAGAAAGAAGGAUAAAAAGUCUAAAAGACAAAUUAUUUUUAAGCGUGCAGAGCAAUACGUUAAAGAAUAUUUGGAUAAUGAACGGGAACUUAUUCGUUUGAGAAGAUUAUCAAGAAAAGAAGGUUAUUUUUAUGUUGAUGCUGAGCCAAAAGUUGUUUUUGUUAUUCGAAUUAAAGGUAUUAACAAAAUUCCGCCUAAACCAAAGAAAAUUUUACAGCUUUUCCGUCUUCUUCAGAUUAACAAUGGAGUAUUUAUUAGGAUGACCAAAGCUACAGCAAAUAUGCUUCGACUUAUUGAGCCUUAUGUAACUUAUGGUGAACCUAAUCUUAAAUCUAUUCGCGAGCUUAUUUAUAAACGUGGAUAUGGGAAAAUUAAUAAACAACGUAUUCCAUUAACGGAUAAUUCAUUGAUUGAAGAUAAUCUUGGUAAAUAUGGUAUUAUUGCAAUUGAAGACAUAAUCCAUGAAAUUUUUACAUGUGGCCCGAAUUUCAAACAAGUUUCGAAUUUUUUGUGGCCAUUUAAACUUAGCAAUCCAAAUGGUGGUUGGAGAGCAAGAAAGUUUAAAAAUUAUGUUGAAGGUGGUGAUUCAGGAAACCGUGAAGAAAAUAUUAAUAGUUUGAUCCGGAAAAUGUGUUAG